AUGAAGGCGAGCAGUCCCAAGAAACUAGCCACGUGGCUUGUCUUGCUAGCGUGCCUAGUGUGGCGGAGUGCCGCAUUUCAGCUCUCUCCUCCCAACUCGGACGCAAAUGAUCUGGAGGUGGGCGAUCCAGGUGCGGCCCCUGAGAACGUUGCCGGGGAGCCUCGAAUCGGAGAGAAUUCAGAUUUCCCUGAACCCAGGGACGAGGGUGUGACAGACCUUAGAGGAGGAGAGGGAGUUGCCCCACGGACUCCGUCAACCACCAGGACGCAUACACGUGGAGGUGUUGUCAGCAGAUGGUUUCGGAGACUUCGGCGGGGAAGAGACCUGACAGACGGCGAGGAAUCUGCUGACGAAAGCCUACCGACGCCUCGCGCUUCACUUCGGAAGAGACUUGGUCAGCACUGGCGCAGAGUGAGAGCGUUUUUCAAAGGCAUGACGCCUCCGUGGCUCUCUGGCCUGCCUCGCCGAAUCCGAACGUGGUGGUCGAGACAGCCUGAUCCCUCUUUUCACGGCGUGGAGCCUGGGUCUUGGUUCAUACGCCAGAUCCUGCAGGACGAACAAGAGACAAUUGACUACGUCCGUCGUGAAAUGUUUCAACGCCAUACGUUGCAAGUUAGAGCUGUGUCGGCGGCUCUGUGGCGGGGGGAUGCUGCCACAACCGUGGUUUCGCUUUUGAACCAGGGAGCAAGGACGCUGAAAGUGGUGGAGCCUCUUGGAAGAAGUGAUCGGUCCGUCGUGUACCGGGUGCAAGAUGUGGAGACAAACGAGCCGCUGGCUCUAAAGGUCUUCACUCUGCCGAGCGAGGCUUCCCGAUUGGAACUGGAGCGCCUGCGUGACCAAGAGUUUGCGUACCAGAAGUUGAUUGCCCAGAGCCCAGAGCAGGCAGGGGACGUAUGUAGGCUGUUGCUUUCCUACGAUGCUGUGGCAGUUCAAGGGCAGCCCCCAUUCGGGGAACUGAGUCCAGGACAGAGCAUCUAUUCAGUCCGCAACUAUUUCCUUGUCAUGCCUGCGGCGGUGAUGAAUCUUGAAAUAUUCCACAAAGCCAUGGAUAUCAAUGUUACGUUCCUCCCGGCUGCACGUGAGGAGUACGUGUGUAAGCAAAUUCUGGUGGAAUUGAUAAGGGUGGCAGCAAACCUUCAGGCCCGAGGACUUGUCCACGGGCGUAUCACAUCACAACAUACACUUUUUAUGCCGGAUGGCCGAUUGAUGCUGGGUGGUACAACAGCGUUGAGGAGGGCGGGAACAUACGGACCGGUGUCGAUGGUGCCAGCCACACAUGCGCCUCCCGAGUUCUUCUCGAAAAAAAACAGAGCGACGGCAAAAUACACACACGGUCUCGAUGCAUGGCAGGUAGGCCUCGUUGCCUUCCGGAUAUGGUGCAGAUAUUUGCCUUUUGGACUUGCGACACCGGGAUUUAACAGCGCAUGGACACGGCCGAGUAUGGGCGUUCCGGGACCGACUACCAUUGAUUUCGGGCAUUGUGUCCCAAUGUCUGAGGCCGUCCAGCGUCUUAUCAUUGGUUUCCUUCAGUUGCAGAGCCGAAAACGCCUGCUGCCUAUGUCAGCUAUUCAGACACCAGAGUUCCGCCAGCUCCAACUCGAGAUAUCCAGCAGGCUCUCCCAGGCACAAGGACCCGCCGCCGCGACGUAA